CGUGUCCAGUUAGCGAGUAUCAAGGGACGGAUGGAGUACUCCGUACGACCCUGUGUCAAAUCUGUGGGAAAAUACAAAAGCGCGCGAAAGUAGAGUUCAAUCAAAGCUGCACGACACCGUUUCCUCUCCUCGCUGCUCCACUGGCCAAGGAAAUUCAAGUGAGAUAGUGAAAAAUGGGACCAAUACAGAUAAAAUGCAGCUGUGGGGAAAAGAAUUGUCAAGAAUGGGCAGUAAUUGAGUUGCAAGGUGUUAUUGAAGCUCAACCUGAAUUCCAGAACUGUCUCCAAAACCUCGAAAUCGGCCAACUUUGUCGUCCUUCCUCUCAGGAGACAUACACAUUUACAGUCGCUUACCACGAGUUAACAGGAACAAAGGUGAAGCUAAAGAAACCACUUCUAGUGUUAAAGAAAGUGAAACAUUCGGAUGAAAGCGUAAACUCCUCUGAAUCAUCAGCAACAGUGGAACUGGAUGUGAUCGGGAUCAUAAGACAGAAGAUUUUAUUCAAGACUAGGCCAAAAGCCCUCAUAACCAGCAGCAAGAAGGUUUUAGCAUAAUUCUCAGCCCUUAAAUGCAAUUUCGACACAAAACUUGCUUAGUGGUGGAACUAUGCAAGUAUGCAAUAUUGCAAUGUUAUAAGUUCAUAAGAAUGUCUAAUGGUUUUGUUUCUCUGCACCAGUUUCAGGAGAUAGCUUUCGUUGUAAAACAGAUGGUAGUUUCAUAGGAUACGAAGUAGAAUGCUUGAUUAAAAAUCGUGUCCUUUCAUUUAUCUAAUAGGUAGUUUGUGUAUUUUGGGCAA